AUGCAUGACCUUUUAACGUCAGCAAACAGUAAUGGGAAGCUACAACACGGGUUCAUCAAUGAAAUUGCGAAGAAGUACGAUUUGCAUAGGAGGACAAUCGGAAGGAUAUGGAGACAGAUUCGUGAUCAAAAAAAACACAAUUUACCAAUUAAUGUCAACAAUAUGAAGUCAUUGACCAACGGUAAAGCUCGAAUCGCCUUUGAUGAAAACAAAUUCAAAUCAAUUGAAAAAGCGAAGAAGACAACCUUAAGAUCACUUUCAAAGGCCAUGGAAGUAAGCUACAACACAGUAUGCAGAUGGAAAAAAAAGAGGUACUUUCGAAAGCACACCAACGCAAUCAAACCGUUACUUACAGACAAAAAUAAACUCGACAGGUUAAUUUUUUGUCUUAGUAGUUGCAUUUUAGAUGAGCAAACAAAGAAUUUCACAUUUAAUGAAAUGAAAAAUGUAGUCCACAUUGAUGAAAAGUUGUUUUACAUUACAAGGACACAACAAACAUUUUAUCUAACUCAAGAUGAAAUAGAGCCUCAUAGAGAAAUCCAAUCAAAAAGAUUUAUCCCCAAGAUCAUGUUUAUGUGUGCCGUUGCAAGACCGAUCUUUUCUAUUGAAGGUGACAUGAUUUUUGAUGGAAAGAUAGGCAUUUUUCCUUUCACACAUGAAGUGGCAGCACAAAGGAGUUCAAAAAACAGAAAGAGAGGAGAGCCAGAGACCAAACCAAUACAAUCAAUCACUAAAGAACACACAAGAGACAUGAUUGUGCACAAGAUACUACCAGCAAUUAGACUUAAAUGGCCAUCAGAUUUAAGCAAAACAAUUUUCAUUCAACAGGACAAUGCUAAACCACACAUUUUAGAUGAUGAUGAGGUGUUUAGAGAGGUGGCUACACUAGAUGGAUUUAACUUCCACUUAGUGCAACAACCUCCUAACUCACCGGAUAUGAAUGUGCUAGACUUAGGGUUCUUUAGGUCAAUACAAUCUUUACAGCAUCAAAAAUCAGCAUACAACUACUCACAAUUAGUUAAGGCAGUAACUACAUCAUUUGACAAUCUGACACCAAAUGCACUGAAGAAUGAAACUAGGUGGUAUGGAUUAUGCAAUUCCACACAUGAGCAAAGCAAAACUAGAAAGGGAAGGGAGACUCCCACAUUGUUUGGGGGUACAGCAGGAAACAAUUUACCAGGCACUAAGAUAUCUGGAAACAAAGGUGGAUAA